AUGGAGGGCCAAGGGGCCCCGGGCGCUGGCGGCGGUGGCGAGGAGCCCUUGGGCUCCGGCAGGAUGAACCCGAAGCGGGGCGGGCGCGCCGCGGAGGAGGAGAGCCGGAACAAGCCCAAGCUGAAUAUCCAAAUAAAAACUUUGGCAGAUGAUGUGCGUGACAGAAUAACAAGCUUCAGAAAAUCAGCAGUGAAAAAAGAGAAACCUCUUAUUCAGCAUCCUAUUGAUGCUCAACCUACUAUAAGUGAAAUCCCACUUUCCCAGGCACUUGUUGAUGAACGUUGCAUGAACUUAUCAGAAAAAGAAGUUAUGGAUCUCUUUGAAAAAAUGAUGGAAGACAUGAACUUAAAUGAAGACCGUAAAGCUCCUUUAAGAGAUAAAGACUUGACAACAAAACGUGAGAUGGUUGUCCAGUACAUUUCUGCAACUGCCAAAUCUAUAGUCGGAAGUAAAGUUCCGGGUGGACUGAAAAACAGCAAGCAUGAAUGCACACUGUCCUCACAAGAAUAUAUUCAUGAAUUGCGAUCCGGAAUUGCAGAGGAAAAGCUUCUCAAUUGUCUAGAGUCUUUGAGAGUGUCUCUAACCAGCAAUCCAGUCAGCUGGGUUAACAAUUUUGGACAUGAAGGUCUUGGACUUAUGUUGGAUGUGUUGGAAAGGCUUCUGGACAAGAAACAGCAAGAAAAUAUUGAUAAGAAGAAUCAACAUAAACUUAUCCAGUGCCUCAAAGCAUUUAUGAACAAUAAAUACGGAUUGCAAAGGAUUCUAGGAGAUGAAAGAAGUCUCUUACUGUUAUCAAGAGCAAUUGAUCCAAGGCAACCACACAUGAUGACAGAAACAGUAAAAAUACUUUCUGCUCUUUGCAUCGUUGGAGAGGAGAAUAUGCUGGACAAGCUUUUAGGAGCUAUAACAACUGCUGCUGAGAGGAACAAUAGAGAACGCUUUUCUCAGAUUGUUGAAGGACUGGAGAAUCAUGAAUUCUUACAACUGCAGGUAGCCUGCAUGCAGCUCAUCAAUGCCCUUGUUACAUCUCCAGAAGAACUUGAUUUCAGGAUACACUUGAGAAAUGAGUUUUUACGCUGUGGCCUGAAGAAAAUAUUGCCUGCCUUGAAAGAUAAGGAGAAUGAAGAGCUUGAUAUUCAGUUGAAAGUGUUUGAUGAGAACAAAGACGAAGACUUGAUUGAACUGUCACAUCGUCUCAAUGAUAUCAGAGCUGAAAUGGAUGAUAUGAAUGAAGUAUUUCACCUAUUGUACAAUAUGUUGAAAGAUACUACUUCUGAAGGCUACUUGUUGUCGAUUCUCCAACACUUCCUUCUCAUCAGGAAUGAUUACUAUGUCAGACCUCAGUAUUACAAGAUAAUCGAAGAAUGUGUAUCACAGAUAGUAUUGCACUCUAGUGGAAUGGACCCAGAUUUUAAAUGCAGAGGAAGAAUGGAUGUGGAUUUUACUCACCUUGUUGAUGCAUGUGUGGACAAAGCUAAAGUAGAAGAGAGUGAAAAAAAGGCAGCAGAAUUUUCCAGAAAAUUUGAUGAAGAGUUCACAGCUCGACAGGAGGCACAAGCGGAACUGCAGAAACGAGAGGAGAAAAUCAAAGAACUUGAAACAGAAAUCAAACAGCUACGAACACAGGCUCCAGUCCAGACAAGUCAACAGACAGAAGCAGCACCACUUCCUCCAAUAUCAACUGAGAAUGUGACACCUCCUCCUCCAGCACCACCUCCUCCUCCGCCAUUGCCUGGUGAUGCAGUGCCACCCCCUCCACCACCACCACCACCACCGCCGCUGCCUGGUACACAAGCAGUGCUACCUUCGCUGCCGCUUAGUGCAGUAGUGCCACCUCCUCCGCCACUGCCUGGUACAACACCGAUACCUCCGCCACCACCGCCACUGCCUGGUGCAGGAUCGACACCUCCGCCACCACCGCCACUGCCUGGUGCAGUAUUGCCGCCUCCACCACCACCACUGCCUGGUGGAUCGCUGCCACCUCCACCACCACCGCUUCCUGGUGCAGCAGUGCCGCCUCCACCACCUCUUUUUGGUGGGCCUCCUAUGCCACCACCUCUUGGAGGUGUUCCUUUUGCUCCCUUUGCAGUGAUACCAGCAUUACCACAUGGAAUGAAGGAGAAGAAAAAAUAUAAGCUGGAGGUCUCUAUGAAGAGAAUCAACUGGUCAAAGGUUGAGCCCCAAGAAAUAGCAGAAAGCAGCUUUUGGGUAAAAGCUGAAGAAGAUAAAUUUGAAAGCCCAGAAUUAUUUGCAAAAUUGGCAAUCACCUUUGGAACACAGGUGAAAGCUAAAAAGGCAAUAGAAGAAACAGAAGAAAAGAAAGUAGCUCAGUCGAAGAAAAAGAUUAAAGAAUUAAGAGUUUUGGACGGAAAAACUGCACAAAACUUAUCAAUAUUUUUGGGUUCUUUCCGUUUGCCUUACGAAGAAAUAAAAAAUAUCAUUUUAGAGGUUGAUGAAGAAAAGCUGAGUGAAUCCUUGAUUCAGAACCUAGUGAAGAAUCUUCCUGAGCAGAAAGAACUUAAUGCCUUAGCUGAACUGAAGGAUGAAUAUAAUGAUCUCGCUGAGUCAGAACAAUUUGGAGUUGUGAUGAGUUCAGUGAAAAUGUUGCGGUCACGUCUCAAUGGGAUCCUUUUCAGGCUUAUGUUUGAAGAACACGUAAACAAUAUCAAACCUGACAUUAUGGCGGUUACAAUGGCUUGUGAAGAGCUGAAGAAGAGUGAAAGCUUCAGCAGGCUUUUAGAGUUAGUGUUAUUUCUUGGAAACUACAUGAACUCUGGUUCCAGAAAUGCACAGUCUCUUGGUUUUAACAUCAGUUUUCUUUGCAAGAUUAGAGAUACUAAAUCAACAGAUCAGAAAACAACCUUACUGCAUUUUCUGGCAGAAAUCUGUGAGGAGAAUUACCGGGACAUCUUAAAAUUCCCAGAUGAACUGCAGCAUGUUGAGAGUGCAAGUAAAGUUUCAGCCCAGACUCUGAAGAGCAACCUUGAUUCAAUGAACCAGCAAAUCCAGCGCCUAGAGAAUGACAUUGAGAAUUUCCCUAAAACACAAGAUGAACAUGAUAAGUUCGUAGAAAAGAUGAGCAGCUUCGCUGAGAGUGCACGAGAACAGUAUGAAAAACUAUCCAACAUGCACAACAACAUGACUAAAUUGUAUGAAAAUUUGGGAGAGUACUUUAGCUUUGAUCCCAAAGCAGUAAGCAUAGAAGAAUUCUUUGGCGAUCUGAGCAACUUCAGAACUCUAUUUUUGGAGGCUUUAAAAGAAAACAACAAAAGAAGAGAGAUGGAAGAAAAAAUGAAAAGAGCCAAACUGGCAAAAGAAAAGGCUGAACGUGAGAAACUGGAGAGACAGAAGAAGAAACAGCAGUUGAUUGAUAUGAACAAAGAGGGUGAUGAGACAGGAGUGAUGGAUAGUCUGCUUGAGGCCUUGCAGUCAGGAGCAGCAUUCAGAGAUCGCAGGAAACGAACACCAAGGGGACACGGCUUGAACUCCCACAACAUGAGUCAUAUGGAGCUGGUUAUUUCCUGGUGAAUAGCAAGAAGCAAGCAAAAAUUAUCAUUUGAAUAAAACAACCUGAAAAAACAAAACCAAGAGAUCUAUGAAAGUCAAAGACAAUCUACCAGGUAAGAAAGAUUCUUUAAAAAAAAAAUAAUUAUAUAUAUAUAAACAAAAUACCUGCAAGACAUGAACACCUGAGGAAAGAUUAACUGAAGUAAAUGAAAAAUUUCAUGUAAGACACUACAGUGCAAAAAGGAAUCAAAAUACACUAGUGCGUGACAAAUGAGGGAGACUUGAUGUCAGUCAUCACUUUACUGGAUGGUACAUGUCAAAGAUUAUACUUAAAGCAUUGGCAGUAAAUACAAGCCAUGCUUUGUCUUCUUUAUGCAAGGAGAAAUCCAGGGCAAUAUAUGCUGCCUCAGCAUGACGAUAGUAAGAACCAGCCUUAGGCAUUCUGUUGCUCUAGGUAAGUUUGACUAUGUCUGCCCCUGAUUUCUACUGAUCAUACUGAAUCAUAGAAUCCUAGAAUAUCCCAAGUUGGAAGGGACCCAUAAGAAUCAUUGAGUCCAACUCCUGGCACCACACAGGUCUACCCAGAAAUUCAGACCAUGUGACUAAGUGCAUAGUCCAAACACUUCUCAAAUUCCAAAAGGCUUGGUGUAGUGACUACUUCCCGGGGGAGCCUGUUCCAGUGUGCAUCCACCCUCUCAGUGAAGAACCUCUUCCUGAUGUCUAGCUUAAACCUCUCAUGCCUCAACUUGACCCCAUUCCUGCAGGUCCUAUCGCUGGUGAUUAAGGAGAAUAGGUCAGCACCUGCCCCUCUGCUCCCCCAAGAGAUAUGAUAUAUCUAUUUCAUACAGUUGUUCAACUACAUGUUUUGACAUUCAUACUUUCCCAGAAAGUGACCGGAUGAUCUCCAAGGUCUUUUCCAACCUUAAUGAUUCUGUGAUUCUGUGAUAUAUAUAUAUAUACAUGUAUAUGUAUAUAUAUAUAUAUAUGUAUAUAUAUCAUACAUGUAUAUAUACAUACACAUACGUAUAAAUCUCAUUGGUAUUCAUUCUCUUUCCCUGUUCUUUUUUUUUUUUUGAAUUAUAAUUUUUAUUUUUAUUUGCUUUUCUGUAUGCUUUCUUCUCUCUCAUUUCUGUCUUCCUUCCUUCUCUUCUUUGUUUUCACAUCUAUUUGGCACAUAGCACUUUUUCCUCUCUUUUGGUCUUUUCCUUUUUUUUUUUUUUUCUCCAACCAGGUUUUCUAGCAUUCCUUGUCCAGAUUAUUUCAGAUUUUUUCUUGUACUUUUUUCCUUAUUUUUUUCCUUCUCUAGAAUAGAAUGUUUAUUUUUACUGGAGAGGAAUAAUAAUAUAAAAAAAGAAAAAAAAAAAAAAAAAGGUUCUUUUCCUUCAUUCUACUACUGUGCUAGGUAUCUGAGGUGAUACUGUUCUGUUCCUGGCAAGCAAUAAUAUUUACAGACUUAUUUAUGAAUCUGAAGAUUGAUUUAGCUUGAGAAUAACGCAGAGAUGAACCAUGGAAAUGUUGAGAUCUACUUUCCAAGAUUCGUAAAUCUUAAAGCCAUUCUGAGGUGAAUACCUUUUAGAAAAGCAAUUCCUAAUGACUGGAAAUCAUGAAAUCUCCAAAAUCCAAAUUGAGUUAAAACUUAACUUCCACAAAUAAGGAAAAUAAUCCUUGAAGGAAGAAAUAUUUUCUAAAUCCUUACAGAAUUACAUUUGUUCUCUGUAAAAUUAAAUACAUAUUUAUAUAUAUAUCAAAAAAUCUAAAUAUUUGAAGUAACACUAGUUUUCUUAGGAAGUCUGAUGACAAAUGUACCAUUUAUGACAUAUGACUUCCCUCAGUAUAAAGUUGUUUUCAGGAGCUAUUCUGUGUCCUUUAUCUAACAGCAGUUAGUUGACUAAGUAAUGAAAUGUAUAACAAAAUAAGAGUAAUUUCUCUGGCAGUGAUUGCCUUUAUGAUUUCUAUUGCUAUUUGUUUUGACAUUUUUAAUUGCAUUUUCUACACCUUGUCUUAGAACAGUAUAGCCUGUCUUAAGCUAUAGCUAUUCUUGCUAUUCCCAUCAUUUUCCCUUGUUAAAUAAGAUAUGUUAAAUAAGAUAUGUUUUGUUUGGCACUAAAUGUUUUCAUCUUCUAGAUACUAGAAGAAAAUAUUUUUCAAGGUCAAACCCUGAUAUAUGGGUUUAGUUUCAACAUGCACACUUGAAUUUUUAUUCAACUCAGGUAUUAUUAACUAAAUAAAUUUAUAUUACAAGUGCAACAUAGAAAAAUACUUUUGAUGUCCUUUUGUAGUUGAGAAUUUCUACCAGUCUCAGCUGCAGAAAUGCUGUGCUUUUAGAUCUUCUAAGAGGAAAUAAAAUUGUUGUAAUAAAAAAUAUGACAUUCAGAGAUUUGAUAGUUGCGUACUUAAUUUGCAGUAAAUUAUGCAAUGGAUGCAUUACAUCUGCAUCUUAAGUAGAUUACACUUUUUACUUAACAUGUUUACUGCCCUUCUGACAAGAAAAUGAUAGGAAAGAACUGAAUGUGUCUGCUACACAAACUUGUUAUAUAAGAAAAAGAUAUGUUUUUCUUCCAGCAGCUGUGAAAAGGUAAGAGAGAAGACACCUGAGAAAUCUACCUUGUAAUAGUCAAGGACUUUUCUUUCUUUUUGUGUUUAUUAGUUUUGUGCUAGAAAAAAAUGAGCUGAACUCCAAGGUAAGACUAUAUAUGCACUUGAGUAAACUGUACAUAGAUACUCCCUUUUACGUGUAAAAUUCAUUAUAUGACAGGCAGUACAUACUUUCCUUGAACCACUAAAUUCACUAAAAUAUAUCAGUGAGGCAUUUCUAACCCAAUCACAUUAUUUUAAUAUUUUCUAUACAUUGUAUAUGUAUCGUGUAUUUGAAUGCUUUUCAACAGUUUAUGUCUAAAAGCAUAACUUGUAUAACAAGGACUCGUAAAAAACGAAAAAUCAAAAACAAUGCAUAUUGCACAAUAAAUGAUUGUAAAACUGCAAGAUGGCUCAGUUUGCACGAGGUCACUUACUAUAUCAACCUUUCAUAUAAAAUGCUGCUUACACAGCUUCUGAAAGUCUCUACUAUGUGAUAUACACAGUAUAAACCGCCACCAACAACUUGAAAAUAAAACCAAACCAACAAAUUGUGGAAAACAAACUGGCACUUAUUCAAGAUGGAAAUGUGUAGAAGUCACUGGAGAGAAAAGUCAAAAGGGCUUUGUGUGUACCUUCCCUUGAUUUUGAAUAAAAUGGUGAAGCCAUGAAGAGAGCAAGAAUAAAACUCACAACAGGUACGUGUAUGCACUGAGUGUUAUGAUUCCAUCAGCACUCUUAAUUCUAGGAAAAUUAGUGCAGAGAGCAGUAGAAAAAUCAGAUGGCAGACUUGGCUAGUGGAAAAGGAAUUAGAGGAUUGGUUCUUCUCUGAGAUUGAUUGAAAAUUGAUGUUAAAGAACCAUUUUAUAGUAUCACAGAUUGUUCUCUUACCAAAUUUAGUACUUUUUGGGAAAUAAAAACACUUGCAUGUCAAUUUUGUACAGCUGUAUAUUCUCUCUUCACUGAACUUUUGUUACAAGCGUGUAGUAUCAGAACUCCUCUUGGACACAAUCUUUCCAAGUCCAAAGCACCAUGUAUCUUUGAUUCCUCUAGUUUUCUAUGUGUGUUGAGGCCAGUCUGAGAUCUGAAAGCUUCUUCUUUAAUUUUGCCAAGCCUUGAAUUUAAUAUCAUUUUGACCUUUUUAAUAUUCUGGGUUUAGAGUGUUCACCAUUUUACAAAGUGAAUCAGUGAAUAAAUUUUGGGAUUUGAAUUGCGGAUUUAAAUAAAACAGGACCAGAAUAAAUUUUCAUAAUCUGUAGAUUAGAUAGUUUAGAUAAUCAUGGUUUCCAAACUAUAAUUUUCUGUUUUCCUUCAACAAUUCCUUCUUAUAAAGUUUAUUCCUGGAAAUCAGAGUUCUUAUUUCAUUGGGGUUAUUAAGACUGUAUAUGAAAAAAAUGCUGUGUUCCUGGCAUGCCUAUAUGUAUGUCAUAAUCUGAGUAGUGGUAUAUAAUUUUUUCAGUGCUUGCAGAUCUCCAUUUAAUAAUUUCACUUGCAUUUGAAAGCUGUCAGCUCAGUCUGCUAGAAUGUGUGAAAUGCAUAUGGCUUAAGAGAACAAUUUGCAGGUAUAGCUUGCAAAUUUCACAUGAACAAACACAUAUAAGUCCAAACUGUAUGUCUGAUUUAUGCAUGUUUGAUUUACAUAUGUGUCCUAUUUCUUGAUCUUUGUCUUAACAGUCAUUUAUAUUUAAAUUGUUACUCUUCAGAUUUCCUUAAAUUUAUAUGCAUUUGACUUUGUAUCUUCUUGAAUGUCUGGGGACAAUACAUACUCACAACUUUAUUAUAAAUCACAUUAUAUGUUAAUGUACAAGAGGAAAAAGCAUAAAAACUUAAAACUUAAAAAAGUAUAAGAUAAACAUUUAAAUUACUCUUGCUCUUUGGAGAGGUCAGAAAAAAUAGUUACCUCUGAAUAAGUAUACAUGGACAAAAUAUGGACUAAACUAUUUCAAAUGGUGAUGACUCAUGCACUUCCUCUGAAAUAUUAUUACCGCACAAAUAGAUUCUGGGGUCAGCAACUGGUAAGGAGUUGCUAGAAACUGAUUGCUGGCUGAUCUAUGCAUUAUUAGGGAAAAAUUAGAAGAGGUUGUAGAAAUGGGUAAUCCUUAUAUCAGAGGCUUUAGGGGAUUAACUCAUCUGUCUCAUUGCUAAAUCAAUCUUAUCCCUUUUCCAACCAACAAAAUUCAAUUAACUUCUAUGAAUUAUUUAGCCACACAGAAGUCUUAGAUAGCAUUAAUAUUUGUGGUUCGCGGUGUUUAUUUUUGUCUUUGUUUUUCAAGGAAUAUAAAAUAUUACUUCUUAAUAAUCAAACUCCAAUUUGGACUGUAAUUUUCUAUUUUAACGUUUUAAGAAAUAUAACUUAAUUACACCUAAUGUUAACUGAAGUAUUUUAUACACUGGGUACUGCUUACAUUUAGAUUAUGAAUUGCCUCUAGAAAGUUUAGGGAAUCAGAGAUUUUAUUUAUUUAUUUAUUUAUUUAUUUAUUUUACUGAAAUGACAUUUUAACAAAAACUCAUAGAACUUUAAUACUACCAGAUAAAUUACAAUCUUCUUGUUCAACCCAAGAAGAAAGGAGUUUGAACAAUGUUGCUAGAAAAGUUACUAGAGGACUUAUGUCUUUGACAAAAAUAGUUUAAUUCUUGUCUGAGAAACUACGUUAAAGUGAUUGGCUAAGAAUAAAACAGGAUUACCUUGUAGACAGAAAAACCUUAAUUCCUGAAUGCCUUAAAAAUUUUUAAAUUUGUCAGUCCUUUGGUCAUUUCCUGCACUGUUCUUCAUAUGAUAACAAAGAUCUACCCAUCAAAUUUGAGAAAUGGGAACUUGAAAUCUAGACAAGGCAAUUGAGAUCAUGAAAAUAUCUUUUGCAACUGAUCAAUAAAUAAACUUAGAAAGGCUUGGAGGAUGAAGAAUGAGACCACGUGGGCUAGUUACUUAGCUACUGUUGUCAGUAUUGUUGUGAAAGGAUAAAAAGUUCAGUGUAACUUAGCCACCCAGUCACACACUCAAAUGGAUGAGUGAACACUGGAAUCUGCAAUAUACUUCAUGUUGCUAUGCCUACACUGGUAUUUAUUCCUGAGGUAGGUACUUUACCUAGUUCAAAGCUAAUGCAAAUAUGUAUGCAGAAACUAGAAUCAGAGCAGGGAAUACUGUGAACCAUACAUCUAGACCAUAAAUCAUUUAUGUCAGGAUUUGUCUUCUAAAGUAUUUUGGCCAUUCCUGUUAUACUGUCAGCACUUCUGCACAUAAAUGAGUUAUCUAGCACCUAUGUAUUCUGCAUAUAUUUGAACUGGACAGUAUUGCAUGACAUUUUCACUCCUUGAAAUACUGUAUCCUUCCCAAUCAAUCAGGUAUUAUAUCAAUCCCCUCUGGUUUCUCUUGAAUUGCUUCAUGCUGAUUUACUAUUAAAUUUUACUCUGAUUUCCUACUGCAUUUUUUUUUCCACUGACUUUAAUUAAAUGUCCGAACCUAGUGGAUCAGGAUAACUUUUAUUAAAUAUAAUAAAUCAGUGCUUCUAACAGAUCUCUUUGUAGUUCCUCCUAGGUUCAUCAAAGCCAAAGACUCUGCAGAUAACAUAUGGUUAUAUGAUAGAUGGUAAGUCUGAAGACUGAAGAAUUUCAUAUGAAUUUCAAAUGUAAGUUGCUAAUUUUUUUUCUUAAGAAAUAAAGUGCUAAUGUUACCACGCAAGCUGGAGAGAGACCUUUUUGAAACACCUUAGUCAAUUCUACAUCAAACUUAACAAACAUGAUUUGGUAAGAUAGGAAUUUCCUUAGAAACCACAGAACUUUCCACCGAAACUUAGUGUGUUGGUUGUAGAUUUAGAAGUCUCUGCAGUGUUGCCAGUGCUAGUAAGAUAUUCCAAUUCCUAAUAGACAAAUAUGUUAUUCAGUACCUUUGCUUUUAUGUUCUCCUCGUCACAGCUUAUUUUACUGAAGGAACAAUCUUAUGUUUUAACAACAGAUAGUGACUGAAACUCAGAACAUACUGUACAAAGUGUCAAAAUGUGAUAGAAUGGCCAUAUAUAUCAUAUUUUAAGUGUACUAUUGGGAGUUUUUUGUGCACUUACAGUGCCAUAAGAUAAACUCCAAAGUUUGCUAUAAAUGUAUAAAGGUUCAUACACUUUAUCUUCUUUCUUUUCAGUAGUUUCUCUUAAUUAUAUGAAAAACAGAUGGAGAGAAUAAAAUGUUGAUUUUCAUAAUAAUUCCUAUUUUGGGUUGCAUGGGGAUUUUUCAUUUUAAUAGUUCAUACAAUUAGUUGCACUGAUAUUAGCUACUAUACAUUGAUUUUAUUGUUAUAAAGCAUACCAAAAUCUGGUUACUUCUUAUUUCUCAACAUUCCUACAUCUUUUUCCGACAGUUUACAACAACUUCAAUGACUUUAACAAUAUAGAUUUUAUAAAUAUGUACUUUACAAUCUCUUUGUAAUUACUUGAUUAGUUAAGUAGCAUAUUUAGUGAUCAUUAUUUGUAUAGUACUCAAUUAAGAUUUCUUCUGUCAUGUCUACUUUUGUUUGUUUGUUUGUUUCUGAAAUGUAUACAUACUGAUAUAAUACAAGAAUUUUGGUUCUUUCACACUUAAACAACUUCACUGGUGAAAUAUGCAGAUAACAACAACAACAACAAACACUUUAUAUAACAUUAAUGUUCCAUUAUUAUAUUAACCUGUUGCUCAGUUUUGUGGGUUUUGUUUGUUUGUUUGUUUUUUAUCACAUACCUGUGCUAAUUUCUUGUGAGACAAAUUUGAAAGGAGUUAUGAAAUGGAAAGCUGUACUAAAGGGCCAAACUAGAGGAAAUAAAAUUUCCCACUGCUUAUGAAAUGUUAAAUUCAGAAAUAUGUUAAGCUUGCAGUAAAAUCUAUGGAACAUAGGUUUCUUGUUAGCUGUUAAAAAUCUGUCUAGAUUUUGUGUCAUAAACAAAUUUUCUUUUGUAAAGUAUUCACAGACUUGUUAGUGUUGUACACCUGGCCUUGUUAUGUUAUGAUUAACUAAAUUUUUGGUUAAUUUCAACAACCGGUGAGCCAGAUCCACACCUUCUCUGAUUGCCAGCCUUUUAUUUUCAAUGGAAUUUUUCAACUAUGUAAAAUAAAUGGAUUUUUUAUAGUCUGAUUGCCACAUUUUGAUGGAUAAUGUGGCUGAGAACAAACCUUGUUCUGUACCAAUAUUCUAUUAAAAAAAUGUUGGAUGCUUACAAAGCAUGACCAUGACAAAAUGUUAAUCAUUUUAGAUCUGGUAUCAAGAAUUUAGACUUUAAAUACUGCAAAUUAGAGUGUCAAGGCCACACAUUCAAUCUGAUGCAUAGCAGAAGUAUUGAAUAAUUGUCCUUUAAGUGAAUAAAACAGAGUUCUGUGUGAAAGGGAUCAUUUACAUAACUUAAGAUAGCAUCAAAAGCAAAAUUUUACACUUUGAAUGCAUGGCAUUCAAUAUUCAUAGAAUCAUAGAAUGACUAUAUUUGUCAGGCCUUUAUGUUAUGUGACAUUCACAGUGAUUAGGCUAGAACAGGUUAAGCAAUAGCUACUUGGCCGCUAGACUAACUGCUAUAAACUAGCUAACAAUAGCUCAGGCCAAGGAAAGGUUAGAUAACUUAGUAUGCUGCCAGGUCAUUGUGAAGCCCUUCAUCUUCUACUAAUAACAGCAAAAAUCAUAGCUACAGAGCUAUGUAGUUAUACUUGAGCCUAAUGCCAGUCAGAGUAAACUGAAUAACAUUGAAGUUUUUUAGUGGCGAUACUUUAAACUGGAUUUCCAGAUCCUGUCUCACAGUACCCAACAUUACAGUGUGGUUCUCUAGGAUAAAAAAGGAAACCAUAUACAUGUAUGUCAAGUUUAGGAAGUUAUAAAAGAUUUUUUAGUGAAGAAAGUAUUUUCUUAUGAUGAUGGUUAGGCAUCCCAGCAUCCUGACUGAAGUAAAGUGUAAACAUUUGGAAUUUUGAAAAACUAAUCAGUACUACCUAAUUAAAACAAGUGUUUGAAUAAUACUACUAAUAAUAAAUCAAACACCAUAAAUAUAUCAGAAGAAGACAUGGAAGAUAUUCAUAAGAUUAUACCUGCAGAGCAUUAGGGUUUAUAAGAUUGUCAUGAUGCAGCAAAUAAAAGUUAAAAUUUUAACAUUUUUAAGUAAUAAAUUUCAAAACAGCUAAAUCAAUUGUAACACUUAGAAACUAAUUUGAAUAGCAUGUCACCAAUUCAGAUAUAGUAUUCUAUUUCAAUCUUAGCUUAGCAGGUAACAACAUAAAUGCCAUCUCCUGAGAGCAUGUCAUUUUCCAUUCAAUUCUUUGAAUGUGUUCUUCUGUGCCAAUAGAUGGCAUUAAGAUUAAUGGAAACACUGACUACAAUAGUAAAGUCUUUUUCUAAGAUAUGUAAUGCUAUGGAAUCUAAAAAAAGAAAAAAAGAAAAAAAAUCUUGAAAAAAAAAUAUUUUGAAGAGUAAUAUGAGCUUUAAAAGUUUAAUUUUUACAGUGGAAUGAUUUAUUCUAUCAAAUCACUUUAAGAAAUUUAGAAGGAUUUGUUCAAAACACUUAGUUCUCAGAGUACCUAAAUGAGGUAAUAUCCUUUUUCCUUUUUUUUCAGAUCAGCAAACAGAAACGUAGAAUUUCAACUAGAUUUGUGUAUACCAGUAGUGAAGAAGACUGCAUCCCUCCCCAGUAUUUUGAUUGUUGUUGUUUAAUUUGCAUUUUAACUCUUUCAAGUUGCCCUUUUUUGAAUUGCAUUGAUGCAUGAAUAAGCAGUCAUGCUAUAUAGGAUAUAUGAUUUUUAUAUAUAAAUAUAUACACAAGUAUAAAAAUCAUAUAUAUUUGAUAUAUAUAUGAUAAAAUAUAUAUGAUAAAAAUGUAUGUGAUUUUAUGUAUUAUAUAUCUGAUAAAAAUAAUAUAAUAUGAUUAAAAUGAUAUUAUAUAAAAUCAUAUAUAUGAUAAAAAUAUAUAUGAUAAAAAUCAUAUAUAUUUGAUCUAUGAGCUGAUAAAGUGAGAAAGUAAACAAUCUAAAAUAUUUAUGUCCAGUACUAUAGCUAAAAGACAAAUUCUUCUUAAUCUCCAACAUCAGCUCUUUCCUUAGGGCUUCCAGUAUCUCUUCAGCUUUGCUUUGUGUCAUUUUAACAAUGCUGUCACAGUCAAAGCAGUGCAAACUGUCUAAAAUCAACAUAGUAACCUGUGAAGUAGGAGGGAAAUUAUAUUAAUAAAGGUCAUCAUUCUACAUACAGAUACAAGCAUAGAGCUAGGUGACUGAAAUGAAUAUUUACUGUAGUUUUAUUUUAAUCCUCUGGGAGUUCAUUAACAUCCCUCUCAAAUGUUAGUGUUCAAAUCCUGCCUAUGACAGAGCAAACGAGAGAGAACAAAAAAGAUUUAAUAGAAGUUAUUUCCUGGGGUUGUGCAAAUGCAGCUGAGGCAAUACUAUGUUCUUCUGUGUUUCCUAUGUUUUCUUGUAUUAGAAGAAAGAAGAAGCGAAGAAUACGGAUUUCCCUCUUGAAAAAAACACUUCUUAUGAGGAUGAAGGUAUUGCCUAGACAGGGGAUAAUGAAUGCAAUUCAUUAAUAUUGUACAGUCUCCUCAUCACAGAUUAUAGUGAGCAGGAAGGAAGAACACUGUUGUGGAGCUGUUUCGGAAACGGAUUGCACAAACUGCAUCCUUUUGCUUAUUUGUAAAUCUCAUUUCAGUAAGACAGUUAAUACAAAUGUUGUUGCUGAUAAAGAAAAUGGUAGCAAACAAUUACAAUCUUAAAUUGUCCCUGAGUAAAGUAGUCAUCCUGACCUAAAUUUUCAGUGUUUUCUGUAAAUGAUCAAGAAUGAUGGCUACUGUAUUUGUCCUGAAUGAUAGAAAAAUCUAUAAAUAAUGCUUUUUAAGCUAAGAGAACAUUGUUUUCACUCAUCACUCCUGAAUCACUCUCCAAGAAUUUUGCUUUUGAAGCUGAAUUUCCUAUCACUGAAUUGUUUUUCAUAUAUAUAUAUAUAUAAAUGUAAAUAUACACAUUUUAUUUGCAUUCAGAGGAAAGUCUUAAGAUUAGAACAUGUCUUUAUGUACUAACUGACUAAAACUGAAAAUUUGAUUCUCUCUAUACUGUAAUAUGAAUCCAGCUAAAUGCUAUGUCCUGGAUAUCCUAGAAGGUUAGCUUUCCCUUUCUGUCUGUGUGCGUGUCUGCAAUAUGGGUCUGCAAAUGUUAAUACAUGUACUGUGGAACUGUGUCAGUAUGUUCUUAUCUAAGAGAACUCAUGAAAAGUUUGUCUUGAUGGUAAAUUAAUACUUGGGCUUUAUAUAUAUUAAUAUAUAUAUAUAAUUAAAUAUAGAGCUUCCAUAACAUUAUUGGGUCUGUUUUUAAAACUAUUAUAUAUGAAUUGCUGCAGAGUAAAAGAAAAUUCUCUAAGUUACAGAUGGUCACUAAAUUGACAAUAUAUUUACUGAAGCAUAAAUUUCCAACCCACUGAAAUUCUACUUUCCAUGUGCUCAAGAGACUCCUGGAAUAAAACAAAGCAACAAUAUGCAUGGGUAUGCAGGCAAACAUAUGAUGCAUACAGCAUAUGUUAUACCUUAGCUUCAUAUUCAGCUGAAGUGAAUUGAUAGAAAAAAAUAAUGCUAGUAGCAAAAAAUCUUUUUGGUACAAUAAAACCCUAUUUAAGAAGGCUGGAAGAUGUAGCUAUUCAGAUCUUUAUUUUAUGUGAGCCAUACUGUGCUGCUAGGCACACACAUGCAGAAGGUUUCUAUAGCUUUCACACAGUUGCCUGUAACAACAGUCACUACUAAGAUCAGUACCUUUCUUUCUGACCAUAACCACUACCAUUCUGUUCUAAAUAAUGACACUCGAGGCUUCUGAUCUGAAGGCUUCUGAACUAUGCAAGUUCAUACUUGCUCUCAAAACAUAAAUUCAUAUUUACACAGUGCAUAUGGAACUUACAGAUAUGCAUUGGACUAUAAAUGAAAACAUAUGGUUCCUAAAGCCAGUGCAGAUAAGUAAUGUCAAAAUAGCACGCAAGUCCAUUCAUAUAAUCAACAUACAAAACUAGGACAAGGGAAACUGUCACAUAUCUAUAUACACAUAUACACACACCAACUGUGCUAUGAACAAGUGUUUCCAAGUUCUACACAUAGAUAUUUUUUCUUCUCAUUCCUCUGGAACAUGGUUUAGAAAUUUGGAUUCUGCUGAAAAUUGGGUGCUUAACCAUUUGUUUUGCUUUUGCUUAACCAAUUGUCUUGCUUUUUAAUAGAUGUUGCUGGGUUAUUUUUCCAGUGGUUAUUUUCUCGUGUACAUUCUUUGGUGUCAAGGCUGAGGUGUAAGGAUAGAAAGGGAACAAAUUAUGUGCCUGAAUACAGCUGUCUAAUGGCCUUUACCUCCUGCUCCAAAAUGGCAGGGGUUUCUUAUAUGUCCCAUUUUAUAUCCGUGAGACCUGUUCCUGUGACUGAGAUACCACAGGUUGUCUUGUACAGCACUGGAUGCCUAUAUUUAUGGACUGGUAUUGCUUAUACAGUAGCAGAGGGACUUACUGAUUCCUAACUUUCAUUUGUUUUAUGAAGUGCUGCAGCUAUUGUUACCCUCACCCUCAAAUGCACACCUCCAAAUUUCUACUUUUGGUCCCCUGAAGAUUAAGGCAAGAAAGAGUCAGAAACAAAUAGAAUUCAGGGAAACUGGAGGGAAACUGCCCAGUACAGUAUCUUAUAAAAUGUGAUGCUUUAACACGACAAACUAAAUCAAAGAUUUUUUUUAUUUUAUUUUUUUUUUCCUACAGAAUUACUUUUUCCUUCUUCUGGAAUGGAGGAGAAUCUUCAAGUCUGAGUAAAUCUCUCUCUUGUCUCAAAAUUAUUUAGGCCAUAAUCACUGAAAAUUUUCAACUGAAAGCUGCUUCUUGGUUCAGAGACAGAGCUUUAUAAGAAAAUGAGACAUUCUUCUCUUUCUCCGGAAGGUCAAGUGUAACAGCUCUUUUCCAAGAUGUGAGAGACCUAAGUUCAGUUCUCAGGAGACUAAGAAGGUCACUGUCUGUCAAAGUCCUUUGCCCAAAUCACCACUAUGAACCAAGAACAGAGUGGAUUUUCAAUGUAUAUAACAAACUACAGAGUAAAAGAAGCUCUGAGUAAUUUGGAAUGCAUUUUUCUGAAUUUUUGUAGCUGGAGCCAGCAGAUUUGUGUAUUUUAUAAUCUCUAACCAACGAGAGAGUAAGUCACUAACUUUGUGGGUGGAACACGCAUCUAGGAAAAUGGGACAUUGAGCUAUCAGUCUCUUUUCCAAGCCUUAAAGAUAUAUGCAGGUUGGAAUAGCUCUGCACCAGCAAAUAACAAAAGAAUGCCUCAAUAUUUUUUUCAGAAAUAAUAAAUGUAAGCUCAGAUCUGUGCAGGCAGAGUUCUGAACAGAGGCUAAGUAUUCUACUGUCUCAAAAACAGUUUUAAGGAGUAACCUGUUGGAAAGAAAGGAAAUGCUAUCAAUGCCAGUUUAAUGAAUGUAGUUCUUUUUUCCUUUCCUUACAGGUGCUCAAAAGGCAUUUUUCAUGCAGGCUCAGGUGGAAAGUUUGAGUUGACUUAUUUUUUUUUCAUUAAAAAUACUUAUUUGAUGAUUUUUUUUCAUAAAAUGCUUUCAUCCAAAUAUUUUCUUUUUGCCCCUCUGAUUGAUUUGACUGCACAAUUGUAGUUUCAAAUAGGUUUAGCUUUUGAAAAGAAUGACCUCCUCAAGUAGACUUUUUUUUUGGACACUAAGUUAAGAUUUAACCUUCAGAUGAAUAUUGUCAUGUUUAAUAAAGAACCUGUGUUCUUUGUAUCUAGUUUUAAUUUAACUUAGUUUUGAUUUUUGUUUUUAAUGGGAAGAUAAAGGAAAGAUGAAGACUGUUUCUUUUACUCAGCAAUUGUGUCAUGGUGAAAUUCAGCUGAACUGUAUCUGACCUGUUUCAUGUAGAUUUCUAGUUACCAUUUGGACAAAAGAAAACCAAAACAAUUAGGGGAAAGAAAAUAUUUUCUUACUCUCUAAUGUCUGCUUUUACAAUUAUGGUACAACUGCUAUAAUGAAAAAGUGGCAAUAACAAAAUACACCUUGUGUUGGAAUAAACAUGGUAUAACUUUAAUACUUCAUAGCCAAGGAAAAGAUAAGCAUUCAGUUUCCCCGGAAUUGCCACAUUUUUGGAUCAUCUGGCAGAAAGUGCUAUAGGAGAAGCACAGCUGGGUCUUUUUCUCUCAGGAGAAUCAAAUGCAAUACCCUGGUGUCAGACUCAGCUGGCUGAAAACAAUGCAUGGCCACAGUUGUCUCUCGGUUGCCUGCAAUGCUUUUUUAAUCUAUCUUGCACUAACUGGAAUGAAUUUAGCAUUUUAGAUUAAUUAUUAAUUAUCUUAAUAGUAUGCAAAACAUAUGUCAGUCACAGUAUUGUGUCAUUUACGCUUAGUAAAGAGCAGUUUUUUUGAAAAAAAAAAAACUUGGUAUAGGUAAAAAUACAUACUUGGAUGACUGGAAAACAGUAGUGCAGAUUCUUCUGAAAUUUCAGUGCUCAGAGCACAUGUUGUCUACUAAAUUUCAGCAUAAAGGAAAAAAAAUACUAAAAGCUAUAAUGUGGCUGAUUGCCUUAGGAUUCUUUCACAAAUCAGUUUUGUUACAUUACAAAUUAGUAACCAUUAUUUAUCAGCACACUGUGCAACAUAACCUAUUGCUGUUUUAAGGGCACAAGCAAUUCAGUUGCAUCAGAUGAUGGUAGACAAGAAAACUGUGAUGUUCUAAACAGUAAUGUAUCAAUUCUGCAUGUUAAAUGAAUAUAGAUUCCUUUAAAGAACUGAAAUCCCCACCUGUUACAUGUAAUUGAACAGGUCCCAGAAUAGAUUGCACAAAUGAAAACACAUGAAUUCAGAGAUAGAAAGGAGUAAAGAAAACAACUGCAUUUGUAAGUAGUAUUUUUGGUCUUAAUAUAAUUAUCACAAUGGAUUCUCAUGAUAAUUUUCUGCCCAUUAGUUUCAUAUAUGAGCUUCAGGCUUUGAUUUUUGGCUGGAAAGUUUUAGCCAUAGAGGAAAGGAUCUAAUAGUCUGGCUUUUUCAAACAAAUGGACUAUUCGUUUGCAUCUUGUUCCAAAAUACUGUAAGAGUUCUGCAGGAUUUGGUUGUGUGAAAUUAUAUUUGUAGAGAUUCAAAAUGUAUAAAAAUAUCUUUAAUUUACUUAAUGUUAGCCUAAACCCAAACAUUUAUAGAACUCUCAUGAAAUAUGCAAUGGUAACCGUAAAACUAUAUUGUUUAUUCAUGUAUUAAACAUUGAACGAACCAA